AUGGAUACCAUCGACUUGAGAAGAUCGCCUGUUAAUAAUACCGAAGAUAGAUUACAAUUAUCACAAAAUGAAUUUGAUGUUAAUCAAGACGAUGGUGAACGACGACCGGAAGUACCGACAAGUCAAAAACUUAAAAUACCGGAAGAUAAUAAUGAAAAUGAUAAAUGCGGUUGGUGUUUUUUUCGACCGGAUUUCCUUCAAAGGUUUAGAACCCCCAAAUGGGUACUUUUUUGGCUGUGCUGGGCUUCGGCCAUGCAGGGAGGGGCUGCUCCUCAUUCAUUUUUAAUUCGUAUCUAA